AUGGACUUGGAGGAAGGUGGCCGUUUCUUCAGACCUAUUCCACAGUCGGAGUUCGAGACUUGGAUACGUCAUGAGGAAUUUUAUGAGGUGGAUGAAUGGGAUCCAGAAGCAAACGACGUAGAGGAUGCGACGGCCGUAUUUUGGAAAUUCUGGCGCCUCUAUACCUCUGAGGUGCGAAAGAAUUCCGGUGAUGGGAUUGACAAUGUCUCAUCAUUCUAUAAUUAUACGCCGUGGAACCAGGUGAUUAUUCAACGUACUGUUUUUGGUGGGAAAGCAGUUUCCGAUGACCUAACUAAUUGGAAUAUUGAAAAUGCCCUCGACAGACACCAGCAGCGUGACUAUGUUCAUCCUCAUGCGAUCUCAUUUUCGACACAUGGCCUAUACCCGGAUGAAAGCACGAAUUCAAAGCUUGCCCGCAGUGAAAUGCUCUUAGCCAUUGAUAUCAUAAUGCAUAGGAUGGAGCGGCCGCUGUACAUUACCCAUCAUAUAUAUCCGGUUCUUAUGGUCGCUUGCUUUAACCGGCACGUUCGGAUGAGCGAAGUUUAUUUUGAGAAUGGAAUCCUACACUUCAAUUCCACGCCUUUUAUUGACCUUAACAAUUUCGAAAAACAUAAACUCGACCUGUAUGCUCGCUGA